AUGGCUGACGCUUCGAACAGUUCCGCUGACUGUGGACUAGAACCUCAUGAUUUUUUGGAGGUGAAAUUCUUUCUCAUCAGCGUCGCCGGCACUCUCGUUGGAUUGUUUGGCUUGUUUGGAAAUGCAUCAACGGCACUCAUUCUUACGAGGCCGGCGAUGCGGAAUCCCAACAAUCUUUUCCUCACGGCACUGGCAGUUUUUGAUUCGUGCCUUCUAAUUACGGCUUUCUUCAUCUACGCCAUGGAGUACAUCAUAGAGUACACUCAAGCUUUUGAUCUAUACGUCGCUUGGUUAACUUACUUACGGUGA